AUGGAACUAGUCGGUGAAUCUCGACUAUAUGAUGAUCUAUCCAUAUUUAUCCCUCAAGAUGCUAUAUUUGAAAUUCUGGAGAUAAUCAAAAAGGAAAUGAAUAUUGCCUCAGAUAAAAAUGAUAAAAAAUGGGAAAAUGUAUUAAACGAUAAAAUGUGGGAUAAAAAGGAUGAAGUAGCAACCAAAAAACAAAAAUUAAUAAAAAAGGUAAAAAGAAGGAGAUAA